UCCAAGAUGGACGCCAGAGGCCUUGGGUCGCAGCUGAAGGACAGGAUUCCAGUUGCAGAACUCUCAGCCAGUGGACCCUUUGAGAGUCAUGAUCUUCUCCGGAAAGGGUUUUCUUGUGUGAAAAGCGAACUUUUGCCCAGUUACCCUCUUGAAUUAUCAGAAAAAAAUUUCCAGCUCAACCAGGACAAGAUGAACUUUUCCACCCUGAGGAACAUCCAGGGUCUGUUUGCUCCCCUGAAGUUACAGAUGGAGUUCAAGGCAGUGCAACAGGUUCAGCGCCUUCCGUUUCUCCCGAGCUCAAACCUCUCACUGGAUAUUUUGAGGGGCAACGAUGAGACCAUUGGUUUUGGGGAUAUUCUUAAGGAUCCAUCACAAAGUGAACUGAUGGGCGAGCCUCACUUGAUGGAAUAUAAGCUGGGCUUGCUGUGA